UAUCGUGCAGCCCUAGCAGAGGAAACAGUUCAGGCGAAAAUGUUCUACGUUGACUCCAAACCGGACGGAGUGAUUCCUCCGCGCGGCAUUAGACGAUCUUGGUGCUGCACACGAAAGGGAAAGGAAACGCCGACUUCUCCAUUCCAAAAUCCCCUCUGCCUCAUCUUUUAGCACCAACGGCUUGUUUGGUCGACCUGGAGCUUCAUACGACGUUCACUCCUUGGCUUCAGGGCUUCCUCUGGUCGCUUUUCGGCUGCCCCUUUGCACAGAGCCCGCCGCUGGCCUAGAGAAACCCGUCUCCGCUUGAGAUUUGAGGCGCCACAGAUUUAUUGAGCCCGAGUGCACAAAGUUGAUAGUUAGCCACCUAGCUAACUGUUAGCUUGCAGCCCCCCCUUCUUUUUUUUGGGUUCCAGCUUCGGGGGGCGUCGUUUUGCGCCACAUUCGGCUCUCGGCAGCUAGCAGCUACACCUGAAUGCUCCUUUUGGCGAGGUCUAGAGCUGCUGUCGGUAGCUAAGGCGCUCCAUAUCGGCUACUCGCUGACAAGUCGGCGUAAAAAGCCCGGAAGGAAGCCAAAGAGUGAAGGCCCGAGUCCCGCAACAACCAAGAGCCGCCUCCGCCAGUGUCUGUACCGCCGCGCAGUGAAGAGUUGACAGGCUUACUUGGUGACACAGAGACUUCUCCCUGAGGAGCCAAGAAGCAGACGGCUCAUGACUUCUGACCAGGACACGAAAGUUGUAGCUGAACCACAGGUGCAGCAAGUGCAAGAGGCAAAAGAGAACUCUCAUUUGGAAUCAGCCAAGGUUUCAGACCUCAACCCCAAUGCGAAAGCAUGGGCCAACCACAUGUUUAGCCUGGACACCAGCGGGACUGCUGACACCACGCCUGCUGCCCUGCAGCCAUGGAAGGAAGGCUGCGAUAGUUCGGCCGACCCCGGCCCAGAAGGCUUUGAAGCCAGCGAGGACAGAGCUAACAAGGAGCCUCAGCUAACUGACCCAGAUGAGCCUCCACCGGCGCCAGUAAUGCUAGCAGAGCCGGCCAACGUUGCCGCCGUCGCACCGGAGGGCCGCGAGCCCGUCUCCACAGAGCCCCCCGAGCCUGGGCAGCCGGGGCACACAGGCAAUGAUUCUCAGCCCGACAACACCCAGGAGGGCCUGAGAGAGCACCUGAAGAAGACCCUGGAGUUCUGCUUGUCCCGGGAGAACCUGGCCAGCGACAUGUACCUCAUCUCCCAGAUGGACAGCGACCAGUACGUGCCAAUCGUGACGGUGGCCAACCUGGACCACGUCAAGAAGCUCAGCACCGACGUGGAGCUGAUCGUGGACAUUUUACGCUCUCUGCCGCUGGUCCAGGUGGACGAGAAGGGGGAGAAGGUGCGGCCCAAUCAGAACCGCUGCAUCGUGAUCCUGCGGGAGGUCCCAGAGAGCACGCCGAUAGAGGAGGUGGAAGGCCUUUUCAAAGGGAACAACUUACCCAAGUUUAUCAACUGUGAAUUUGCCUACAACGACAACUGGUUCAUCACCUUUGAGUCUGAAGCAGACGCUCAGCAGGCAUAUCAGUAUCUUCGUGAAGAAGUGAAGACUUUCCAAGGGAAGCCGAUUAAGGCCAGGAUAAAGGCGAAGGCCAUCGCCAUCAACACUUUCAUGCCAAAGAACGGUUACCGGCCAGUAGAGGUGAACCCAUACGCCCAGCAGCAGCGCUACACGUCCUACUACAUCCCCCCCGUCUACAGCCCGCAGCAGCAGUUCCCUCUCUACAGCCUCAUCACGCCGCAGGCCUGGUCCACCACGCACAGCUUCAUCGACCCGGGGCUGGUCACCCACUUCCACAACAACCAGUUCCUGAACGGCUUCACCACAUCGCACAGCUUCAAACCAGCAACCUCGCCGCUCUCAGUGCGACACUUCUCCCCCAGGAGCAGGAACCACAGCAAGCCCCACCUGAGGCCCACGCUGCCCACGGCGGACCGCAGCGCCGGCCUCCUGGACAGCCCCAGCCUCUUCCCCAGCUUCCCCAGCGAGCGGCUCAACGGCGUCCGCAGCAGCCCGCCGGCGCGGCUCCCCUCCAGCCAGCCCAGAACCAGGUUACCCUCCACAGCGGCCUUCCCCCGCAGAGACGCCGCGGGCACCGGCCGCGUCACCGAGCCUUUAAUCCCCGACUAUUCGCUGGGAGUCGGCCGAGGAAGGAAAAAGAGGGAUGAAAAGUUUACAAGAGCGACGCCCCAGUCGCCGCCGCCGCCUCCCAAGCCUCCGUCUCCCAGCUUCGAGCUCGGCCUCUCCAGCUUCCCCCCGCUGCCGGGGGCCGCCGGCCAGCUCAAGACGGACGAGGCCUUCGACAGCCGGCUGGCGAGCAGCGUGGUCGCCGGCGCCACAAAGGAGCGGAAUGUAAACGCAGACUCCAGCAGCGGCGCCCUCCCUCCAGCCGGUCCCAAAGAGCCUCUGCGGUCCCCCGCCUCCCCGCUGCCGCCGAGCUUCCAGCCCCCACCCACGACCCCGGCCGCUCCCUCGGCCUCCACGUCGACCUCAGCUCCCGGCGCCCCGCUAAGCCCCGCCCCCUCGGCCUCACUGGAGGUGAAGGUGACGGAGGUGAAGCCGAAGGAGGCGCAGCCAUCGGUGGAGCGCGUCUCCGGCACUCUGUCCACCGCGAGCAAAUCGGUGCAGGUCAACGGAGCCGCCACGGAGCUGAGGAAGCCCUCCUACGCUGAGAUCUGCCAGCGAGCGAAGGACGUCCCCACGUCGCUGCAUUCCCCCAAGGAAGCCAAGCCAAGCUGCACUGCCCCCGCAGGCGAGGAGAGGAAGUGCACCGACGCCUCCACCCCGUCGGGCGAGCACAAAACCCGAGAGACUUACCACCCCUCCUCCAAAGCCGGCCCCGCCUCCGUCGCCCAGGGCAGGCCCCCGAAGGAGGGUCGGAGGCCGGCGGGGCGCUGGGCCUCCCCGCCCCCCCCACACCCAGGGAAACCCUCCAGCAAAGACGCCCACCACACUCCACCCAAGUCCCCGCAGUAAGGCGGCCCCCCUCUCCUUCCUCCACUACGCUCCACAUCCGAGUCUGAACGGCAGAGAGAGUCAGGGCUACCAAACUAAUAUCCCAGAGUCAGCGGUCAGCGACGAGCUUAGAGGACGCCUUCUUUUCUGGAUCAGGGCUUGCAGACAUAAAGCACUUUACUGUGCAUGUAGAGCACCGUCUCCUCCUCUUCUUCUUCUUCUCUGCUUUAUUUAUUUAACUGUUGAAAUGUUUUUUUUUUUUUUUAUGUUCCCUCUUUCCUCUAAAGUCCCAAACGGACUUGGUUCUGGGAGGAGCAGCCGUGUGGGGAUUCAAACAAGGCGAAGAAGCAGGGCAUUGUGGGUCGUGACCCGUUUCGUUGGCGCCGUGCCUGCUUCUUAAACACGAGUCCUGGUGUUUGGCCGUCAUCCCGUCUAUUUUCCUGACUAUUUACACUAACUUGUUCCUCCGCUCCGUCUGCUGAUUUUUUUUAUUUUAAUUUUUUUCUUGGCGCAGUUACUGAUCAUUACCACUGGGUGUCACCCUGGCUGCUGCUUCCCGGCGCCGUUUCUCCUUCUCCCUGACUCUGCGGAGGAAUGUCUGCCGUCUCUUCUUCAGGGGAAACCAGGAACCGUCUGCUGGGAAGCGCCUGGAAGCCUUUUCCUGUUUAUAUUCUGUUAGCCGGAUCAGAUCCGGAUGGUUUCAGUCCGACACUGAAACUGAAGGACGGGAGCAACACUAGCUACCAUGUUUGCAGACGCUGACGUAAAAGCAGCGCGGCGGCGGCGGCACACGGGUCCCUGGAGUCGUUGAUCACCAGGUCUCCACCAAUAGAUCCUUUACUUGCUCGAUGACACGAGGAGGGCAGGAGGGAGUUUGGUCUUGUUGGUUCUCCUGGAGGGGAUUUUUUUUUUUUUUUUUUUUUUUUAAGCGGUUUCUCGUUGCUCUGAUGACUUUGUUUGGAUAAUUACAGUUUUUUUUUUUUGUUGUUGUUGUUGUUGUUGAAGCGAUGCUGCAGAGUUUGGAGUCCCGUUUUUUUUUCUCCACGUUUGUGGCCGACGAAUCCAGAAAGUGCAAAAGAUGGAAUAAACCUGUAAUGUUUUUAAUGAAAGCGGAACGGACGAAGGUGAACGAUGGACUUUUCUGUUUGUUUUAUGUGUCAAAGAGGCGGAAGCAGGAAUCAACAUCAGGAUAGUCACGGAAAAUUCCCCUCUGAGAUAGAAAACCAGUGAAACUCCUUCCUUCCUUCCUUCCUCUGGUCGGGGUUCAGUCGUGGGAUCGAUUUCUUUUCUGUCCCGCCUCUUCGCUCCGGUUGUCUAGUUUUCCCAGACGGGAGCAGAGUUAAAAAACGACGGUAACUCCACCUGCUGAACGUCUGCCACCACAGAGGGAAUUUCCGGUAUAUUUGGUCGGUGGAUCGGUUUUCUGUAGCAGCCGCUCUGGCAAAAUCUCAUAGAAAUUCAGAGUUUUUUCUUUUUCGGGAAAACAAGCGUGUGUUUGGGGGAAGUUGUUCCCUUCCUGCUCAUCGGUCGUGUGCUCAGGUCGACCCUUUAAAUCAGAACCACUUUGGCCCGACACGUCUGGGAAAACCGUCACCACGUCUCCAUCCAGUCUUCCUGCAGCAAAAAUCCCACUAAAGGAAAACCGGAGCCCGUUUGGAAAAGGGAAAACCUUUUUUUUUUUUUUUUUUUUUUUUUAUGCUGCUUUUGAUUUGGACUUUAAAAGAACGUAAAAUACUUUAUUUCCUUAUUUUUUUUUUGUUCGUUUUUCAUUUUUGAAGGACUGAGAUGCACUUGGAUGGAUAAUAUUUUUCUUUUCUUAUCAGUGGAAAAUGUUGAAAUGGUUUCCACAUAUUUAUAAAGCAGUGAUUCGUUUUUUUAAGAGAAGAUUGGGGGGGGGGGGGGGAGUCCAUGUUAAAGUCUCUGUACACAUAAAAUGUAAAAAAAAAAAAAAAAAAAAAAAAAAUCCAUCCAGUGUUUGAAAAACUUGAAUUUUAUUUAAACUUGAAAAAUAACUUUGCCUUAACUUUUCUACAAGACAAGCAUCGAGUUUUUAUUUCUUUUUGGAGGACGAGAAAAAUCCCCCUGGCGGUUAACGAGCUUAACGAGGUUAACGAAGCAAGGCGGCGGAAAAUAUUUUGUGCUUAAGUCUUACUUUAGGGAGAAAAUCUGGCAGCGUUUACGUUCCUUUCCCCUCUUUUUUUGUUUCUGUAAAAAUGGUGCGAAAGAAGAAGAAAAAAAUGUUUCCUUGUUUUAGUUUCAGGUUUUUUUUUUUUGUUUGUUUGUUUUUUCGGGGGAAACGUUAUAAACCUUGUAAAUGCAACUAGUCCAAACUGUAUUAAAAAUGUGCACUUUCAAGUAUGUGCUUUGCUUGUACAGUUGUAAAUACUCAGAAAACUAUAAGAGGUACCUUAAAAUAAUUAUAAAAAUAUAUUGAUCCUUGUUAACUAUAAUGUCGCUGGAUGUAGGAUAUAAAGAAAAAACAACAAAAACAAACAAAGUGUUGUGCUUUUGGAAAAUAAUAAUUUUUUUUUUUUUAUAAUUAGUUUGCAGAGUUUGGUUUCUGCCGUUUCUGUUUGUUCAUCAUUCCUUCUCUGUUGUUGGCCCCAUCUUCGCCCUCCUCCUCCUCCUCCUCUUCCUCGCCGAGCAUAAUUCGGAGAAACGUCUGGGUGGCGCCGCCGAGCGUCCGCUAACCGAGCCCGGCCUCUCUUCCACCGCUGAUCUUUGGCGUUUGGCUUCACGUUCUCUGCUUCUCAACGUCUGAACACCAGAAGCACUACAUAUUUAUUCUUUUUCUCACGUCGACAGGAACCACUAACGCUCCGGCGCCGACGUCAUCAGG